AUGGCUGUGACAUCAUUGUCAAUUGACGAGCAGAUGAACGUUACUUUGGUGAAUGCAACGGAUAAUUUAUUUUCAAGUCUCAAGCUGUUGAACGAAACAGGAGACACCUACAAAAUAACCACGUGGAUAGGAAUUGGUGGAGACCACGUGAAUAACGCAGUCUCGUGCGUCGCGCGUGCUCGCAACACACCAGGGUUGAUAUACACCACUUCACAUCGAAGAAAAACGAUUUACUCAGAAGACAUGCUGCUGUUGCAUCCAGAUCGGGAGGGUCUUGCAAGCGCCGUUGUAUCACUGAUCGGGAUACGAGUCGUCGGGAACGCUUUUCUCUUGUAUGAAGAUAUCUACUCGGGGGAUGGCUUCUUGGAAGUGUUCAGCAGGGACCAGUACGGUAACAUGGAGAACAAGAACCGACUGGCGGCAGUGCGGCGGGGACAGACGGACGUGGAUCUUAGGCUGCAGCUGCUCAUUAUUCACGACGCCGGCUUCCGGAUUCUUAUUGUGCAUACAUCUCAUGCCAUGUUCCAGAGGAUUGCCACUGCGGCCUCCGGUCUACCCAAUUUUGACAAAGGAAUCGCAUGGCUGCUGACCGAGGCGGCUUUGCUUCCUUCCGCCAUGUCGACCGUGACCCGCGAGCACCGCGGCUCAAUUCCGACAGGUCUGCUCGCCGUAGAUGGGUUUGAGGAGGAUAUGUAUGCGGAAAUAAUCGGACUUGCUGUAAAAAGUGUUAGAAAUGCUACAAUGGUGUUGUUAGAGGAGUCACAGAGCUUCGGUUUGAACAAGACCUUCCUAGCAUCUAACCUUCAGUCAUUAUUGCCAUCCAGAUCCGACAUCAGGAGUGGUUUAAAAAGGAAUAUGUUAUCCAACAAAGAUCUGUUUGACGGAAACGGGCGCAGAAAAAAUAUGAGGUAUCGUCUGCUGAAUAACAUGGGUUCAAUUGGUAACCAUGACUCCAGUGCUCUACAUAAUUUCUCAUCCGGGUCCUUUUGGGAAACUGUAGGAUUUAUAACAGGCGAUGACCAUGACCUUGACGCCGUGGUUUUGCCCGGGUACACGCUAAUUGGACCAUCUGAACAAGCACGAGAGUUUUUCACGGUGGUUACUCGUCCAGCCGAACCUUUUAUCUACAUCCGGGGACCUGUGAAAUCACGUGCUUCAUGUUCCACAGGAAAUGCUUGUAUAGAAGUGUUUACCAACGAUCCCUUAGCUAUUGAUGCGGCUUUGCAGAUGUUUAAAAGUGGUAUUAGUCCGGUGAAUAAUAAUUACGAGAUCUUCUGCUGCGAAGGAAUUGUCGUGGACAUUUUGCAUUCAUUAUCUGUAGAGGUGAAAUUCGAUUUUCUCAUGUAUUUCAAGAAUGAUUCCAUGUAUGGACGUAAUGUGAACGGGUCAUGGAACGGCAUUAUUGGCGACGUUGUAAAUGACGUUGCUGACAUCAUGGCUGGUGCAAUAACCAUGACGUCAGAGAGACUGCAGGCCGUGGAUUUUACGGAAUCAUUUUAUUUCUCGUCUUACAAAAUGGUCACCAACACCGAAGAAAACGUAACCCCGCUAUUUGCGUUUAUAAGUCCUUUUCAUCCAAUGGUGUGGAUAACGAUCAUCGCCAGUGCUAUAUCGGUUGCCAUAGCAACGUCUUUGUUCGAGUGGAACAGUCCAUUUGGUCUUAAUCCAUGGGGUAAAAAGCGGGAAAAGAAUUACACACUUGGUUCAGCCCUCACAAUGGUUUUCUUAAUGUGGUUCGGCCGCAUGUUGCUCACCAAGUCUCCAAAGAGCUGGCCGUCCAAGUGGCUUCAGAACUUUUGGGCUGGAACGGCGCUUAUUCUUCUGGCCGGCUACACGGCCAAACUGGCCGCCUUCCUCGCUGGUAGCGCUUACGUGGAUCAUUACUUUAGUAUACUUGACAGCAAGUUACUUAACCAGCGUGUAGGGGUGGUACCCACCAGCGCUGUGGAGGAGUAUGUGAAAGUCGUCAACGCGGAUCUGGGUACGAAAUUAAGGAAGCACCACGUCCUGGAUCUGCAGGAGGCCUUCCGGAAACUCAGGAAUGGUCAACUUGACAUGUAUUUGGACGACACUCCACUACUUGAGCACGCGCUCUCUAUCCGGGACGAUAACUGCUCCAUCCGGUUUGUAUCAAGGCACUUCGGAGAAAACUCGUACGCCUUUGGGGUCAAGAAGGGAUCAUGGAUAAAGCAACGCGUAGACGGACUUUUGCUGAACUACGUUGAGAUGGGAUACAUUGAAGACCUCAAGUGGAAAUACAUGGGCCAUAACCGCCAGUGUACGGGAACAUUUCCCAUCGAAUCUGACGAUUCUGACAACUGGAGGUUUGGGUUCUCCCACACGAAGGGCCUGUUCGUCAUGUUGCUAGGUACCAUAGGUCUGGCGCUCGUGUUGUUUGCGUUCGAGCACCUUGUGUAUUUCGUGCUCGUGCCCAGGCUGCGAGGUCUUCCACCAAGCAGCUGUUGGAGGAGUCGGAACUUGGAAUACUUCAGCCAGCGGCUGUACCGGGCGUUGAACAGCGAAAAGGUCAGGCCACCUGUCCGCGUUUUGAUGUCGAAGGCAGAGAGUACAGCCAAUCUGUCGCGCCCCGGGACACGCAGUGACGUUAUGGAACUCGGCGUAAGACAUUGGUACAAGUGUCAGAGCUUCAUCAACAGUGACAACAUUUUCACCAUAUCCGACCAUAUCGGAUAUGAAAGGUCCGUUAUUGACGAACACCAUCACCAUGUCUGCUACCGAUACACACGAUCGACUGCGGAAAUUCAACGCCGAAAACUCUCAUCACGCGAAAAUUCGCGAGAUUUUGUGUUCGACAAUCCUGUUUUUGAACAAGACGACACUGACGGGGAUGCUGAUUCAAAUUUGUCAAAUGAGGACUCAUUUAGCUCUUUUAAUCCCGCACCAAACAGUAGUCGGGUUCAAAUUGAAAAUAUGUCUUUGACAUUAGGGACCGAAGAAUAUAAGUCUAUCAAACGCGGAAAAACUGCUUCUAUCUCUGAAUGUCAUGUUACGUUUAGUCCGCAUAUAAAGCGAUAUGAAACUUGGCCAUCCCCACAGAGACGAAGGCGAAGUCUGAAACGAACUUCGGUAAACAAUGUGCGAUCUGUUCCGCCUGGUAACAAUUUAACGAACUUCAGGCAACGAAGUAUUUCCUCAAAGCACAUGCUUGUGAAUGAAAUCGAAACCAAUCGAUGUAGAAGAUGCUCAUCCCGACCAGCCGACAGUCCUUCUAAAAGACAAUCAUUUUCACGUUUUGAACUGAAAGACAAUCGUAUAAAAUCAAGCUUACGUUAUCACACAAUGGCGUCUAUUGAGCGUCGCCCUUCCCACAGACUCGAUGCUAGUGCUUUCGAAACACUCUCCAAAGAAGAUCUCUUGGUCUUAUGGAAAAGGUCAGAAAUCGAGUUGCAGACAAAACUGAACCGAAUUUUACAUCAUAACAAUCACCUGCGCAACAUCGUGGAGCUCAUAGAGGAACAACAUCUCGCGCAACGCUCGAGGCGGAGUGAAAUUGCAGACGACUUGCCUUCGGUAGAUGAAAUUGUAACUACCAGGCUUUAA